CAGCUCUGCACCAUGUGGCUCUCAAUGGUAACUCUGAAAUCCUGAGACAACUGCUUGAAGCGCAGGCAAUGGUAGACAUCAAGGAUAAUAAGGGCAUGAGGCCGCUGCACUAUGCGUCCUGGCAGGGUAAGCUGGAGCCUGUCACCCUCCUGCUGAGGGCAGGGUCCAGCGGUAACCUGGCCGCUCAUGAUGGACAGAUCCCACUGCACCUGGCUGCACAGUAUGGGCACUUCGAUGUGUCUGAAACCUUGCUGCAGCAUGGCUCCAACCCCUGUAUAGUGAACAACACCAGCAAGACUCCCCUCGAUCUGGCUUGUGAGUUUGGUAGACGACAGGUGGUAGAGUUGUUACUGCACAGUAACAUGUGUGCAGUUCUACUAGAAGCCACGCCCAGAGACAAGUGUGACAAGAAUGGCAUCACUCCCCUGCACCUGGCAGCCAGGAAUGGCCAUGUAGAUAUCAUGAGGUUACUGAUCCAGGCAGGUAUAGAUGUGAACAGGGAGACACUAACGGGAACUGCCCUACACGAGGCAGCGCUGUACGGCAAGACAGACGCAGUCAGGUUACUCAUAGAGUGUGGAGUUGAAGUGAGCAGGCGGAACUCCAGGAACCAGACAGCCCUGGACAUCGUGAACAAGUUCACCACCUCCCGCGGCAGUAAGGACAUCAAGCAGAUGCUCAGGGGUGCAGCAGGUUUCCCUAUGGCCAGGGCUGUCAGAGAACACUACAAUGCUUAUGACCCCACCAGUCUGUCAUUCAAAGCAGGCGAUGUCAUCACGAUAAUCCAGGAGCACCAUGACGGCAGGUGGAAGGGUGUGGUGUGUGAUGAGGAGACUGAGAGGACGGGGUUCUUCGACCCCAUGUAUGUGGAACUCAUGGACAUGCAGAGAGUCAGUCAAGAUUACACUGAUGGAGGGUUACAGCCAUAUAACACCUUGCAAAAAUCAAAUAACUACCAUGGCUACCAUCCCUAUGCCACGCUGGGACCCCAGUUUCCCCACUCCACCUCGGAUGGCAUGACACCACCGCAGGGGGGUAUCCCCCCACCCCAGUCCCCAGGGGGGUCCGGCGACGUCCCUGCCCCCUACGCUGCGUACCCCCAGCCUCCCAGAGAUCUACCAAUGGGCAGCAGUGCUUAUCCGGAACGUGAGGAUUCAGGAAUAUACUCAGAAUCUCCAUCUACAGCUUCAUUCAAGAGAGCUUCUCUUGACGCCAGAUUUUCCGAUCCCCCAACAGAUAGCUACGAUCAGCUGUCGGGCUACGGAGGUCGCCCAACCGGGGUCAUGGGACUGGAGAGUGGGUCAGCAACUCUGCCCAACAGGGGAACAAAACACAGGUAUAACUACCACCAGGGAGAUGGGACAGACACCCCCGACACCCCGCCCAAGAGGAAGUCAGACAUGAUAGAGGGGGCGGAGGCAGAACCACCGGCGUACAGCGAACCACACCUGCCUCCUGCCGCACACCCGCCAUUCCUCACGAGUAAACAGGCAAAGUACGACACUCCCAGGCCUCCGAACGCAGCCAUGGGGGACGAGGUGUGGCUGCCGAGGAAGUCUUCGUCUGACAACGGGAGCGCAGGCAGCAGGGACAGUGUGGGGAGUAUGGGCAGUGGGCGCAGUGCAGGGUCAGGACAGAGUCAGAGUAGCGGGGGACAGGCAGUCGCACAGACACAACAGAUGAGGCCAUGGCCAGAGACCAGACCACCUCCUCCAUCAGGGACCAGUCACCAGCCAGGUGCCUACAUCACUGCUGAACCAGCAGCCAGUAUUGCAGCCAGAGGGUCCAGUAGGAGCUAUGAGAACAUGCUGACAGACAGGCAAAGGCCACCGUACGGUGACACCAGACCAGCCAGUGACUCGGGAACUUACAGGAACAUUGACAACUAUGCUGACUUCCCUGUCACAGAGAUGAAGCUCAUGGAGGGAAAGGAUGCAGAGACUAUCUACAGCUGGCUGUAUGAGUUUGGACUUCAGCAGUACACCAAUAAUUUCAUAAGUGCAGGUUACGACUUCCCUACCAUCAGCAGGAUGACCCCUGAGGACCUGAAUGCAGUAGGAGUGACCAAGCCCGGCCAUAGGAAAAAACUGGCUCACGAAAUCACAAACCUCCACAUACCAGACGGACUCCCAGACUACAAGCCGCAUGAUGUUCUGGAGUGGCUGGGAGCCAUGGGGCUGGAACAGUACCACUCUACUCUGGUGGAGAACGGUUAUGAUGCCAUCGACUUCAUCACUGACAUCACAUGGGAAGAUCUCCAAGAGAUUGGGAUCACAAAACUGGGCCAUCAAAAGAAGUUGAUGCUGGCUGUACACAAACUGUCACAGAUCCAGCGUGGGAUCCUGCCACAGGUGGAUCGGAACGAGAUCUCGCUGCCCUCCCAGCGCAUGGCGCCCCGCGUACCGCAACAGACACUAGAGAUCCUCACCAUAGAGUCCCAGCCUGACAAGGUGCAAACCCAGGUAAAUAUGGUUCUGGAGGAGAGGCCGACCCAGACGACCUUCUCGACCUUCAAGGAGAACACGGACCACGGCAUUGACCUUACGGGGGAGGUCAGCUCCAACUCCAACAGACACAGUGUCCUCAGUAAUGAGAGCAUCUCCUCCAUGUUGUCAGACAAUGCUGAUGCGUUUGUAGGCCCGGAAGAGUUCCAGCAACCUGAGCGGCAGGAGAACGAGCUGAGGAUAGACGAGUCCCAGCAGGACACGGCCGAGCAGAAGAAGUACGCCACCCUGGGGAAGUCUCCCAAAAGUGCAGCCAGCCUCAACAGAUCCCCCGUCAGGGUGCCUGUUCUCAGCUCUUUCUCAGGAGCAGCAGGUAGACCCCCUUCCAGUUCUGACUCUGAUUCUGGCUUCUACUCAGCUGGACAGUUCCAGCCAGGAGACAGGAGUUCCCAGGGGAGCUUUGAGGGGAUCACGGUCCGGCCUGGCGUGUCGUACAGCGGCGUGGCGCGCUCACAGAGCUUCCGUAACAGCACGGACGAACAGUCCUUACAGCAGAAGUCUACAGCGCCCGUCGCUCGCAGCACGUCAUUUUCCGUUGGAGGAAAGGGGAAGAAGCCAGCUCCUCCGCCACCGAAACGCGGGAACUCGAAAAUAUCGGAAACGCCCGCCAUACCGGGUAUGUCCGGGAAGCCAAACCAUCUGCCGCCUCCGCCGCCACCGCCCCAACCGGGCGUAGAACUUCCGCAAGUAGUCAACCAAGCUUGUUACGCCAACUACAGUCAGGUCCACAUCCCGCCUAUUCCAGUGUCGUCCAGUCCUGUACAUGUUUCCCACCCCGUGCCACAGUCCUCGCAGGAAAACGUAGACCUUCACGUUAGUAACGGGGAGAACGGUAGCUCCCCCGAUAGCCAGGAUGAAGCGCGUGACGUCAGAAGUAUCGCGGCCAUGUUGGAAAGUUCCAAAAAGCUCGGGAUGUACCAAACGGAGGUGCAGGAGGGUACGGGUACGAUCAAAAGACAAAAUUCCCAGGAAAGGCAAAGGACUAAUUCUUUGGGCCAGGUUCCUGUGCCCACCCCUGCCGCCUUGGUACAACCCAAAAAAGAGUCGCCUCCAAGCACUCUGCAAAAACCAAUUCAGAGUAAAACCCUGGAGAGGAAAGAGAGUUUGAAACAAGAAGCUCUACCUGCGUCUACAUCACAGGACGAACCAGACUGGAUUAAAAACUUGAAGCAGAAAAAACAGGACAAGAUUAGAGAGCAGGAAGAAAAACAGAAAGAGUACGAAAAACAGCCCGUGUGGCUGAGGAACCUGAAGGAAAAGAAGGCACAGGAAGCAGCGAAAACUGAGCCUAAUGACAACACAGAGACAAAUGCUACGGAGAACGGAGUUCCGCCGCAACAGUCUGUGUCAGCUUUAGCACAGAAACUUGUACCUGUCUCUUCUGAAGCAAAACAGCCUAAAGCACAGAACGGAAAAGAAAAAGGAAGCAAAGGUGUUGAGAAAGGCAGGACAGACAGUUUGAGAGCAAACGCUCCGAGUCCAUCCAUGAGACUAAACGCUUUAGAUAGUGACGAGGGGGAUACCGGGUCCCCGAGAGACUCCUCAGAAGUUAGUGCUAACCCCGUGUCUAAUAACAUAUUUGUGAAAAGUGACAAAGAAAAAGAGCCAAGCAAAAGAGACUCUACUUCCUCAGUAACCUCCUUGCCAUUUGCAGAGGAGGGCAACCUGACUAUUAAGCAGCGCCCCCGGACGAACUCUGCCAGAACUACAAGUAGUAGUGAAGGGGAUGGUAAGCCUAACACAGAGCAGGCUGAGGAUCUCAGCCCAGAGCCGCUCAUCGAUACUCAGAGUCGGAGUGUCGGGAGUAUCAUCAGCAGCUUGGAUCUUGGGAAGAAGGAAGGGGUCAGCUCCAGGUCAAUGUCCUCUAGUACCCCUCCCCUCUCUCCUGUAGACAAGUCUCCAUCCCAUAAACCAGCUGUAGCUCCUAAACCCGCCAACAGCCCGAAGAGGUCUGCCUCGAUAACGCGAGGAGAAAAGCUGCCACCGCCUCCUCCCAACCCUCCACAGGAGGUCAAAGGUCAGGAGGUCAAGGGUCAGAGGUCAAUUAUCCGUCAGGAGAAGAUAGUGAAUGUGUCUGGUCAGGUGUCGCCGGUGAAACCGCUCUCUCCAAAGAAGCCCUCGCUGAAGUCUACCAAACCUGCCGCGGCUCCACCCACCAUGCAGAGAGCAGGUCUUUCAGCGGUCAGUCAGGCAGGAGGUCUUCCAUCGCCUAAGGCCGUUGUUCCUAACCAAGAGCAGCACCACCAUCCGUUCGGGGCGCCCUACCACACCACGGGGAACACCUCCGACGCCACGUUUGCCACCAAGAUAAAGCAACUAGAGAAGUGCCUUCCAGAAGACAAGAAGAAAGCUGCAGCUGUAGCAGCAGCCCCAGUAAAAGCAGCCCCGCCCCCUCCAGCACCUAAAGCCACACCUGCAGCAGCCGCGCCGGCAGGGCCCAGACAGGUGGCCCGGGGAACAAGUGAAGAUGACGCAGAGAAACUUGAAGAGGUGGUGAAAGCGGUGACCAGUACCGGGAACGUUCUAGACGACAUCGGCAGCAUGUUCGACGAUCUGGCGAGCGAGCUAGACGCCAUGUUGGACUUCGAGGACUAGGAAAGACUUCAAAUGUGUUCACCAUCUACACUUCCCAGAAGUCUUAUAGUCCACAAAAACUGUUGAUAAACCUUCUGUGUACUGCCAAAUGAGGAAAACAUGGUACAAGAACACCAACUUGGGUAGAACAGUUUUACCUUUCACGGAUCAAAUGAACCUGUUGCGUCACAGGGGGACAUUUCAAAUAGAACGCCGAUC